UCGUCUCAGCGAGCCAAGAGAUUUCAGUGCCAAAUUCCUCUGUUUUCCCAAAUCAAUGGCGUCCCAAUCCCGAAAAGGUGGAAUUUCACUCCCUGAGAGACGAAACCCCAAGAAAGACGAGAGCAAAAGCAUAAUCCUGAGAAUUUCUCAAUCAGAAAUCGUGGCUCGGGGAAAGCAGGCAGCGACGGACGCGGCAUUCGUAACGAAGAAGCUUUUGAAGAGCACUAGCAAGGCUGCCUGGAUCGCCGGCACAACUUUCCUCAUUCUCGUCGUACCUUUGAUCAUCGAGAUGGACCGUGAGCAGCAGAUGAACGAUCUCGAGCUUCAGCAGGCCAGUCUCCUCGGCACGCCUUCCUCAUCUCAAAAGUGAUCUCGUAAAUCUUCGAUACUCUAUACUCCUAGGGUUUAUGAUUCUUUUUGAAUUUUGGAGUAAAUUGAAAUUGAACUUACGUGAAUUUGAAUUUCGUUUUUCUGAGCUAUGUGUUUGAUUUCGGGGGUAGAUUAGUUACAAUAACACUGCUGGUUUUUGGUUGUAGUAAUGGUUAAUAACUUAAUAUCUUUGAAUUGAAGGAAUAUUUCUGAACUGAACCUUUUGAUAUUGAUUUUGUGGUGUAAUUAUAGAUAGUUUACUGAAUUUUCAGGCGUUUAUAUAAGUGAAAUUUGAGCUUUAUUUA